AUGGUUGCAGCGGGCCUGCUCUUGUUCCUUCUUCCGGUGGUCUGGGGCAGGCCCACAACCACCCCCUUGGAAUUGGUCGUUCGCAGCCAGCGUCCGGGUCCUCCCUCAGGGUUCUCAUUAGGCCACGUCUCUGAAGACACGCUACGACUGACUAUCGCCAUAACACAACCUGACCUUUCCGGACUUCAGGCCGCGCUCCUCGAUGUCAGUCAUCCGUCAAGCGCCAAUUAUGGUCGACAUCUCUCCAAACAUGAGGUUGAGCAAUUUGCAGCGCCAAGGCCCGACAGUACGAAGGCGGUGAUGAACUGGCUGACAUCGAAUGGGAUCACCCCAACUGCGCAGUCCGGAUCCGGGGACACGCUAGAUCUUGAGCUCCCAAUUGCACGCGCGAACGUCUUACUCGCGGCUAAUUUCACUCCUUAUGUUCACGACGCUACGAAUAUGAUUAUGACACGCACGCUUUCGUAUUCUCUCCCGGCGCACCUGCAUGAGCACAUCGCAUUUGUGUAUCCGACUACGCACUCCCCCAGGAGAGAAGACGUUCCUGCAAGCUGCGACCAGAGGAUGACCCCAAGCUGCCUUCAAGCACUGUACAACAUCCCAUCAGCUCCUGCUACGGCAGCAAACAACAGCAUCUUCGUAGGCGGCUUCAAUAGUAACAUGGCAACGCAAGCAGAUCUCUCCAGUUUCCUUGCAGCUCAGCGUCCUGACUUCCCCAACGGGACGUUGAGUACCACAUCCCUCGACGGGACCCAGCUCAACUCUCAAUCGGCCACUAUCGAAGGGAGCCUCGACGUGCAAUACACCGCAGGUUUGGCGACGAACGUUUCGACUACUCUGCUCUCUUCGUCCAGCUCGCAAAUGAGCGACUUUGUUGCUAUGGCACAGUUCUUGCUCAAACAAGAUCAGGUUCCAUUGGUUCUCUCUACGAGUGCGGGCUUCAUCGAGGAGCCAGAUAGCGUGGACAUGCAAACGAUGCUCUGCAACUAUUACAUGCAGUUGGGUGCUCGAGGGACAACGGUCAUAUUCUCAACAGGGGACAACGGAGUCGCCGGGAACUCGGUGACGUGCUCCGCAGGGAAGGCACUCCAACCGUCAUUCCCCGCGAGCUGCCCGUAUGUGACCGCAGUCGGUAGCACCGCCAACAUCCCGGAGACCGCGGCUUCGUUCUCAGGCGGGGGCUUCUCCAACACCUUUACCUGCCCGGACUACCAGAAAGACGCCGUGGCGGCGUAUUUGAAGAAGCUCAAUUCAACAAAUGCCGGACUGUUCGACGCUUCGGGACGUGCGUACCCGGAUGUGUCGAUGCAAGGUGUGAAUUUUGCUAUCAAGGUCAACGGGCAGGACGUGCUCGUCAAUGGGACCAGCGCGUCAGCGCCGGCAUUCGCGAGCGUGGUCGCUCUGUUGAACGACCAGCUGCUCAAUGCUGGGAAGAGCCCUUUGGGGUUCCUCAACCCAUUGCUCUACUCGAGCGGCGUUUCUGCGUUCAACGACAUCACGACAGGGAGCAACCCUGGCUGUGGUACGGAGGGCUUUCAAGCAGCCGCUGGAUGGGAUCCGGUUACUGGGUUAGGCACGCCGGACUUCAACAAGCUGCUGAGCGUUGUUUCCAAUGGCACCAUUCACUUGUCCACGGCGUCGAACCCGAGGUCGUCCUCAAUCUCAACCCCAGCCCCGACCCCGCAGGCUCCUCAGGCAAUACCAGAUCACGCACAGAAGGACAAUGGGGCGGGUUCGGCAAUCGUUCCCAACUUGACUUACUUUGUACCUCUCAUACUGCUCUCAAUACUUAUGCAGUAG